UAUCAUAUAUGUAUAUAUAUAAAAAACCCCAGUUAAACAAAUGAGUACUCCCCAACACAAUACAGUACAAUACAACACAAAGCCCCUUUGUGAACGAUGGCUUUGGGAGCUCAAGCGAUGGCCAUGGCGGGGAGCGUGGAGGAGGAAGCAGCGCGGGCGGCGCUCAAGGGAUCGGCCCUGGCGGUGGUUUCGCUCGGCGGCGGUGAGGGGAGGGAGGUGGUGGACCCGGCCCAGUUCUGGGGCGACGAGGAGAGGGUGAAGAGGGAGUUGGUGGCCUGGGCGAAGGCCGUCGCCUCCAUGGCCGUCCACCACGCCGCCUUCGAGCUCCGGCGAUGCGAUUGUCAUCGUCGUUAGAUAGUUUUGGGUGGUUUUUAUGAAUUUUCUUUUCCGGUUUCUGUUUUUGUUGAAGGGGUUUUUUUGGGGUACAUACGAUUUUUUUCCUUUUCUUUUCUUCUUUUUUUUUUUUGUUUUUGUUUGUUUGUUUGAGGGAGGGGUGGUGGUGCUACAGUUGGUUGGUUUUUGAGGGGAUUCGAUCGGUCCCCUUUUGUUCCCUCUCCCUUUUUUUUAAAAAAUCUUUUUCUAUUUAAUAAUUCUCAUCUGUAGUUGGCAUUGAUUUGUGAGAUAUAAUACAGCUUUAUUAGUAGGUUAAAGAUCAUUUUUAGCA